AUGCCAACCUUACCUGAAGACAAGGGACAAUCAAAAGAGGCACAACACAACAGUUCUCCACCAGCCAAAGACACUACUGUUGGAGGGACAACAUGCAGCACACCUUCUAUUGUUCUUCCAGAGAAUGCUGUUACAGCAGAUGUGGAAAUUGAUAAAAAUCUGGUUAGCAGGCCUCGCAGUCCUCAUAGAAGACAUUCUAACCGUGCCACUAGGAGUCCAACAAGGUCAUUGACUUCUGUUGACAAUAGUGGUCAUGUGAUUGAUCUGGUAAAUGAUCAGCUACCAGAUGUCAAAAUAUCAGAGGAAGACAAAAAGAAGAAUCUUGAAUUACUAGAAGAAGCAAAGAAAGUGAGCGAGAGAUUUCUAAUGCGCAGAGGAAGAAAGUCAAGAAGCAGCCUUCCAGAGUCACCCACAGCAGCUUCCCCUGCACUUAGCCCUAAAGUUUCGCCAGUAGCAUCUCGGAGCAACUCUCUAACUCUUCCAAUCCCAUCAGGUUCUGAGGCAUGCACAACUACUAACAUUGAGUCAGUAUCUCCAGGGCAGAGUAACAGAACUGUGAAAGAGGAUGAGAGGCAAACUGCAGAGAAUGCUGCAAAAGGAUUAAUUGAUCGAAGACAGAAUGAUCAAAGAAAGAUUUCUCAGGGAAGGUUGGUUCCUCGUUCUGCUGGUUUUGAAAACUCCAAAGAGAAGCUAUCAGAACAGAAAGAAAAUUUUGAUCCUCGUAAAUAUAGGGAUACGUUACCUAAAUGCUCCCCUUCAGGUGGUGAUGGAGGCAGAAUGUCUCUUAACACUUGCAUGAAUGCUUGUGAAAAUGAACUUGGAAAAUCAUUCCUCAAGAAAGUAAAGGAAAAUGAUGUUCCUUUAAGAGCCCAUCUACCAGGACCAGGCAUAGGAAGUAUAGACUCAAAGCAAAAAAUUCCUGUUCCAGAAAUGAGGGACCAUAAAGUUUCAUGUAAACCAGAAUUUAAACUGUGUGGAUUGAGACCUCCUCUGCUAAGGGCUGUAUCAUGGGAUAGCUUGGAGCCUGGACAGAAAGAUAAAACACCUUUAAAAUUAACAUCUGAGGAAGAUAAAAGCUUUGUUGUUGCUAAUAAAUCCAGCAAUCAGUUAAAAGCAUUCAAAGACCUUCAGAUCCAAGUUCAACCAGUUCGAAUGCAGAAAUUGACAAAGCUCAGAGAGGAGCAUAUUUUGAUGAGAAACCAAAAUUUAGUUGGACUUAAACUUCCUGAACUUAGUGAAGCAGCUGAACAGGAAAAAGGUCCUUCACCACUCCCUUCCCCCACUGAAGAGUCAAAGAAUAGCUCUGAUGUCACGCCCAGCAUUCCUGAUGUAUUGCUGCGAAAACUACGAGUGCACAAAUUGCUUCCAGGAAGCUCCCCUCCGCUUACUGAAAAAGAAGUUGAGAAUGUAUUUGUACAACUUUCCUUGGCCUUUAGAAAUGAUAGUUACACCUUGGAAUCUAGAAUUAAGCAAGCAGAGAGAGAGAGAAAUAUUACCGAAGAGAAUGCUGAGAAGGAACUGGAAAACUUUAAAGCAGCCAUUACGUCUUCGGCUCAUUUAUGGCAUCACUAUGAGCACAGAGAAGCUUACCAGAAGCUAUUGGAGGAUAUUGCUGUUCUGCGGCGUUUAGCUGCUAGACUCUCUAGUCGUGCUGAGAUGGUUGGAGCUGUUCGCCAGGAGAAGCGUAUGUCAAAGGCAACAGAAGUAAUGAUGCAGUAUGUGGAAAACCUGAAAAGAACGUAUGAAAAGGAUCAUGCUGAACUAAUGGAGUUCAAGAAACUUGCCAAUCAGAAUUCUAGUAGGAGCUAUGGUGCAUCUGAAGAUGGAGUACCUCGUGCAUCUAGAUCCAUGUCUCUUACUGUUGGAAAGAAUAUGCCUCGGAGGAGGGUCAGUGUUGCUGUUGUUCCCAAAUUUAAUUCCUUAAACAUUCCUGGUCAGUCCCCAACAGCUUCACCUAUACCUUCAAUGCCAUCCCUGUCUGAAUCACCUAGUAACGGAAGGAGCAAUCUAACAUCUACUCCUGUUCUGCCAGCACUUUUAGAAAAUGGAAAGACUAAUGGAGAACCUGACUGUGAAACCUCUACUUCUGUGCUAACACACAGUGGACUGGAAGAGAUAAAUCCUGAAACUAAAGCCAAGAUAGAAGAAGCAGCAUAUAACAAAGGCUAUCAGGAAGGCUUGAAGAAAACCAAAGAACUUCAGGAACUGAAGGAAGAAGAUGAAGGGACACCAAAGGAAAGUCAUGAUGAACAUGAAGAAAGUGAUAAUGAAGAUGAGAUAAAAAACCUGAAAAGCAGCAGACUUGAAGUCAUCAUUAAUUAUUUACAUAUACUGUACCCCAAACUGUGUAAACACUGGAAUGUGGUAUGGCUUGUGGUGGCUGCAAUAAUCAUUUUUGCUGUGGUGUUGGGAAUCUACCAUUUAUACAACUCCUGUGAUGAAAAAUCAGAAGGACCUGAAGGGAAGGCCAGCUGUUCUGCUGCCCAUCAAAAUUCCUGGUGGAACUCAGGAUUUCAACAUGAGCAACACACUGAAUAA